UAUGCAAUACUGGUCAAUCAUCAUUCAGCAUUGAUUGGAUGAUUUUGCAUUGAUUUGGAUGGAUUUCAUCGAUAUGGAAUUCAUCAAGCAAACGGAUCAAAAUCAAUCCGUUAUGACUUCUGGGAGCGGAACAGCGACCACCUCGUCGUCAUGUUCGUCAUCAUCAUCGUCAUUAGAAGAGACGUCCUAUUUCAUCGAAUCAAUCAGGCAUUCGAAUGUUACACCAACACUGAUAACAGCUUAUCUAAUCAAAUUAUGUGAUUCCAAAAUUAACUGUACAGAAGAUUUAUUAAUCAAAUUUGCCAACAUUAUUGUUGAAAAUUUAAUCUGUGAAUCGCCACUAAGUGAAAUUCUUCGUCAAUUAGAUUCGGUGGAUUUUUAUAAAAAAUUAUUCAAUCAUCAACAAUUUGAUUUCAACAAAUUUCUCAUCGUUUGUCGUUAUCUGUGCUCAUCGGACAAACAAGGUUUGGACAUACUUGGCCUAACAUUUUUCUCAAAAGUUUGGAAAAACAAUGCUCAUUUUCAGCAGCAAGUCAUUCGUUAUUGUAUCGUGUCGGACUGGAUACAGCAGAUAUUGAGCAAAUGUACGCAUCCUACAUUGAUUAAAAAAGUGCCUCAAAUCGAAAAUCUGAAAUGUCCCAUGGAAUAUGAAACUGAUUGUCAAAUAUAUUGUUGGAAAUAUCAAUGCUUAUGUCAAAUACUAUUGGAUCUUUCCGAUUCCAAUCAACUAACGCGAUCGUUUGUUGAGGAGAUAUUUUUCACACCACUGAAUAAAUGUCCCGAUCUGCUGGUAUUUGCAUUGAUCGAGUGUCAUGGUAAUCAUGGCCUCAAAGAAACGGUUCUCAUCAAAGCUUUGUUGAAAUUCAUCUGUGUCAGCCACAAUAAUCCAAAUCCCAAUGCCACAUUGAUCAUACAGAAAAUUUGGCCCACAGAUUUCGUUUAUACACCCAAAACUAUUCUGACAUGGGCCCAAAAAUCAUUACUUACAGCAAUGGUUGAACUUUAUACAUCAUCAUCUCCCGAAGAACAAUCAUAUAAACUUUCCAAGAUUCUCGAUCUUUCGCAAGAUCUGAAAGUGUUAAAUGUUUUGCUUUCAAGUAAUACUUAUUCAUUUGUUAUUGAUUUGGCUUGUUUUGCAUCACGACGCGAAUAUCUUAAACUUGACAAGUGGUUAAAUGAUAAAAUCACGCAAAAUGGUUCACAAUUCAUCGAAGCUUGCAUACAAUUUUUGAAAAAAAGAUGCGCUAUAUUUGGUGCAACCGAACCGGCAACAUUUUCUCUGCCCAAUGAAACGUAUCGUAUCAUAUUGAAUUGUCUUCGUCAUCAUGUUUCCGAUUCACCAAAAUCAAUGAUCGAAUUGGAAAUAAUGAAAAUGUACACAAGAUUCAACCAGUGGGCUAAUCCCAAUCAAUUCAACGUCAAUUCUCAGCAAUUACCAACACCAACAACCGUCAUGAAGCCUAAUCAAUUUGAUUCAGUUGCAGGAUCUCAUUUGUUUGGCGAAAAUCCUGUUCGCAGUCCACAGCUAGCCAACAGCAAUGCUAAUCAACAACAACAACAACCUUACAGUCCUGAAACAGAAGAAGAAUUCACAAAGGAUAUUGAGGAAGAAGCCGAUUCUUAUUUUCAAAGAAUUUACAAUCAAGAUCAACCAGAUUCAUUAACUAUUGAUCAAUUUCUGGAUAUGUUGAAAAAAUUUCAGGAAUCUUCUUUGAAAAGAGAAAAAGAAAUUGCCGCUUGUAUGAUAAGAAAUUUAUUCAAAGAAUAUCCAUUUUUGCCACAAUAUCCGGAUAAAGAAUUGGUCAUUACUGGCGAAAUAUUCGGUGGUAUCAUUUUGAAUAAUUUUGUCAAAGGUCUUACUAUGGUCAAUGCAUUACGUUGUGUAAUGGAUGCCCUCAAACGUACCGAAGCAUCGGCUAGAUAUUUCAUGUUCGGCCAAGCCGCAUUGAAUAAGUUGAAAACCCGUCUAAAAGAGUUUCCUCAAUUUUGUAAUCAUCUUUGUAAUAUACCUGCUUAUCGUGAUUUACCACCCAUCUUGAUCGAAUAUAUUGAAUUCGCUAAACAAGGUAUGAAUCCGCCAUCGUUAGCACAAAAUCAUCGUAUUACACUUUUAAACAAUCAAAAUAAAAUGAAUCAAUCGAAUGAUCAACCACCACCACAACAACAAUUGGAAAUUCCACCAAGCGCUUUCCAGGAUAAAGUUGCAUUCAUUAUUAAUAAUCUUUCCCAAAUGAAUAUUGUCAAAAAGGCGGAUGAGUUUAAGGAAUUAUUCCUGAAGGAUAAAGAUCAAUAUUUUCAAUGGUUUUCGCAUUAUUUCAUCAUGAAACGUGUUGGUUUGGAAUCCAAUUAUCACGAAUUAUAUGCUUCAUUCAUGGUCAAAGUAAAUCUAUCUGAUUUGUCGGCAAAAAUCCUGAUUGAAACUUAUCGCAACAUCAAAGUUUUAUUACGGUCCAAUAAGGAAACGGAUAAUUUUCAGGAUCGAACAUUACUGAAAAAUCUUGGCAAUUGGCUGGGAAUGAUAACAUUGGCACAGAAUAAACCAAUCCUCACUCGAAAUUUAGAUUUGAAAAAUCUAUUGAUCGAAGCUUUUCAUAAAGGUCAACUGCAAAUGUUUUUCAUUGUGCCGUUUGUGACGAAAAUAUUGAUGGGAACAUCGAAAUCAAAAGUUUUUCGUCCGCCAUGUCCAUGGACAGUUAAAUUGAUCAAAAUUUUGGUCGAAUUGCAUAGUAUUCCGGAUUUGAAAUUGAACCUCAAAUUCGAGGUGGAAGUUUUAUGCAAACAUCUGGAAUUGGAUAUCAAUGAUUAUGUGGGAAAAUCGCAAGAUUUAAAAAAUAAAGAAUUAUUCAUGAAAUUAGAACCACAACUCGGUGCUGCACCUAUUCCUCGACCCAAUUUCAUUGCGAAUAAUAUUGGUGGAUCGGUAAUAGAACCAAGCGUUCAGUUACAUCAAUCGUCCAUGCAUUCAACCAUUGAUAAUAAUCUAAUACAUCCGCAGGCAGUUGUUGCCUCGGCAGCGAACGCAACAGGUGUAAAUCAGAUGCAAAAUUAUAACGAAAUCAAUGUAAACAAUAUUUCCAAUCUUUCACAAUCGAUUAUUAUACAACCAAAUCUGCAGAUUAUAAUGAUGAAUCCACAACAUAAAAACUUCAUUCGUAAUCUGAUUGAAAAAUGUGUGCAAGAUUGGAUAACAUUUGUAUCGGAUCGUGUGAUCAAAGUUUGUAUGGUAACCACCGAAACAUUGGUGAAAAAAGAUUUCGCCCAUGAACCGAAUGCCGAAUUGAUGCGUAAUGCUGCACAUAAAAUGAUGCGUUCCCUGGUUGCUGGAUAUUCAUUGAUCAACACUCAAGAACCGUUGCUUAAUCGAAUACAAAUGUCACUGUUGAAUUAUUUUCUGGGAAACCAGAUGAAAGUUACGAAAGAAUUGAUCGAUUCAACCAUACAAACAUUGAUUAAUGAUAACCUGGAAUUGUGUGUUUGUUUUGUACAGAAAACAUGCAUCGAACGUGCUAUCGAAGAACUGGACAAACGAAUGAAACCAGAUUUCGAAGCUAGACAAAAAAAUUCAGCCGAUGCUAAUAGCAAAAAGAGUUCAUCGAUAAGUAUGAAGCAACUGCAAAUCUAUGAAGAAAUGGGAAGAAAUAUUGCCGGUUUCAGUUCCAAUCAAUCAUCAUCGUUCUAUUCGCCAAUCGAUAAUCAAUCGGCUAAAGCUAUGAAUUAUGGAAAUGUUAAUGUUUUAUCCAAUGUAACCGCUGCACACAACAACAAUAAUUAUCCAUUGAUUCACAAUGAACAUAAUGCUGCUGCAACAUUGAACGUGAAUCAAGCAAAUCAAGUUCAUAUUGAUGCAUUUGUUGUCAUUUAUGAUAAAUUAAUCAAACAUCUAAGCGAAUUGAUUCAAGAAUUCGAGUAUGUUCAUUACACAACUGAAGCAAUGCAUCAGGUACUGGAAAUUCUAAAAGUAUCCAAACAAAAUCCCCGAGAUCAAGGUACAGCCGUCAGUUUGAUCAAAAAUGUUAUCAAUGGUCUUCGGGAAUUGCUGUUGAAUGCUGAAACUGGUGUCACCGACUUGGCUGUCAUAUCACGUGCCAGAGAUUUUUAUCUGAUCCUUCUCAAAGCUCUUGCCGAUCAACGAGCCUAUAAUCUUCGCUUUACAACAUUGAAUGUAACCCGUUCGGUGCUUGAACAUUGGAUAGCAAUGAAUACAUCGUUUCCGGACGAUCUUUUCGACAUACUUUAUCGUCAAGAUUUGAUAAAUCUUAAUUUUCUGGACAAUGAAUUUUAUCAGAUAUUGGAAAAUGGUUCGACAAGUUUUCCGAUGGUUUUGAAUUUUCUGAAAUAUUAUCUGAAUAGCAUUAAUUCUAAUAAUUUCCAAACAACAUUGGAUCUAUUGCAGCGAAUUGUUGCCAUGAAAAUGAAUCAACAAAGCCCCACCAAUACCCAACUGAUCAUCGAAUUGAAGCAUAUUCUUUCGCUGGCUAGAAUCAAUAUCAACCCCAAUCAAUCCAAUAAUAAUGAUAUGAUGGAAGGUCCCAUUCUUGAAACAAUCGUCAAGGAAUGGAUACGAUUCUAUAAUUCGAAAGAUAUCAACAGCUCGUUUCCCAUUGUGGUGAAAACUAUGAAUGCACAGGGUGUUCUCAAGAAUGAUGAAUCGAUUUCAAAUUUUUUUAAAUUUUUUCUCGAAUUCUGCAUUGAACGUUGUUAUCAAAUAAUAUCGUAUGCUGAUCAACAUCCAACAUUUCCAUUGAACAACAUUCAUCUGAAAUGUUAUGAAUUUAUUGAUUCCUAUUCUGUAUUGGUCAUAUUGUUCAUCAAACAAAGUGGUAAUCAGGGAAAUUUGGAUCAAAAAUUUCAAUUUUUAUUGCGUAUUCUGACAAUAUUGGCUACCACGGCUUAUCGUGAUCAGGAAAUUCACCAAAAGGAUUUUUUCUCGCUAACUUACUAUCGAAUCAUUUUGUCGAUUUUUAUCGAAUUUUUUUAUUCGCCAUUGAAUCUUGGCUUUCAAGAAUUGGUUGUCAGCAAUGAUAACCUGUUUGAAGUUUUCAAAUUUCAUUUGGUGCGCAAUUACUCCAAUUUUCUACAUCAAAUGUGUCCAUCCAAAAUACCAUCAUUCACAUUUGCAUGGUUGGAUUUUAUUUCGCAUCGAAUUUUCAUGGAAAAAUGUUUGGACAAUAGCCCCCAGAUUAAUCACAAAACCUGGCCACUUUAUGCUGCUCUAUUGACUGAUUUAUUACUUUUUCUCAAACCAAUCCUUCAGAAUAUGGAUUCUUUCAUUGUCAAUUGUAAUAUGGAGCUUCACAAGGGAACAUUGAGAUUAUUUGCAAUUUUGUCGCAUGAUUUCCCCGAAUUUUUAUGUGAAUAUUGUUAUAAUCUGUGCGACAUUAUUCCAAUUCGUGCUGUACAACUUCGAAACAUUAUUCUCAGUGCUAAUCCGAUCAAUAUACCGGAUGUCUCCAAUUUGAAAGUAGAUAAUCUCUAUGAAAUCAUACCACCGGUUCGAAUUCCCAGCACAUCACUUUGCGAUCAAUUACAUUAUUUUCAAAAAGAAUUGGAUAGCUAUCUACUUCAACGCAAUCCGAAUAAUUUUCUUAUUGAAUUGGCACAAGGUUUAAGCGCAAAUCUAUUGAAUGUUGAAAAGCAAUCCAGUUCAACGACAAUGAUCAAUGCAUUAACCUUAUAUAUUGGUAUAUCGGCUAUUCAAACCAGCAAAACGGUAACAAUCAACUCGAUUCAUAAUUCUGUUCAUUUGGAAAUCUUUCAACAUUUACUGAUGAAUUUUGAUUCCCAAGGUCGCUAUAUAUUGAUCAACUCGAUGGUCGAUCAUUUACGUUAUCCAAACAAUGAAACCCUGUUGUUCAUCUGUUUGUUGUUGACAUUGUUCAAGGAUAAUAAUGAGCACAUUCGUGAACAAAUAGUGCGUGUAUUGUUGGAGCGUUAUAUUGCUCAUCGACCGCAUCCAUGGGGUGUUGAAUAUUUGAUAAAUGAAUUGUUUCGAAAUCCUAAUUACAAAUUAUUGGAACAUAAUUUCAUCAAAUGUGUACCAGAAAUUGAGAAAUAUUUUACACGAUCAACAUAGACAUCAAACAAAUAUCAUCGAUCUCGAUUAACUAAUGCAACAACAAGUCUAAUUCAAUUUUGUAAAUAUUCAACAACAAUCAUCGAAUGAAGAAUAAGAUGAUGAUGGUGGUUAUUACAUUUGUU